AUGCCACAGGUUUUUUCCAAGGCCCUAUAUAAGGCAAAAGUCUUAGAGACAGCACCCAUUGACACUACUAUCCUAAGGCUUGAUGCAACAUACCUAGACGAAGGUAUGAAUGGUGAAAUAAUGUAUUUGUUCAGCAAACAAACAAGGGGGAGGAUAUGAUAGAUUUGCAAUCUACUAGAGCAAUGGGAAAUAACCGUGGCAAGGCCUUUAGAUUAUGAGGAGACCAGUGUGUAUGAAAUCCGAGUAGAAGCCCAGGACCGAGGCCACUUGCCUCUCGCCUCGCCUCACAUUGCAAAGUGUUGGUAG